AUGCUUCCAUCAUCCUCAUCAUUAAUUACUAAUAAUAGUAGAUUAAAUUUAAUGUCUAAUCAUUUGGCAACUUCAUCGACUUUUAAUCGGUACGAGAGAGAACACAAAGUCUUGAUGAUCGCAUCACUUCCAUUCUAUACUUCCUUCUAUGAGAAGAAUCCGUGCUCUUUUCAUUAUAAUAAUAAGAGAAAAACAACAGAGAGGAAUUCAUCAUCAUCAUCAUGGAGAGGUGGUGAAUCAUCAAAUCAGAAUCAGAAUCAUAACAAGGGAUGUUCCUAUGGUGAUAGAUGUCUAUUUUCACAUAGUGCUGUUUGUAAACAUUAUAAACAAGUGGCAAUAUCUUCCGAGAAUAAUUUGAAUCAAUUGACUCCUGCUUGUCAAUUUGGAAAGAAUUGUAAAUAUUUGCAUAUAGACUUUAAAGACACUAAAGCAAAGAGAGAAUUGAAGGUUUUGGCUAAUUCUUCACAAUUUUCUGAUAUGAAUAGAACUGAUUGGUUCAUUAGAAAGGAAAAUCCUCUUAAAAAACACAACUUGAAAGGUUUUAUUGAUUUGGUUGGAAUUAAUGGAGAGGAAAGUGAAUCAGAUCGAUAUCUUUCGGUUGUGGAUGUGCAACUCAAUGAGAAUGGUGCCUUUCUUGCUCUUUCUGAUGGAACUGUUUGGAAUUGUUCUAAGGAGGCACUCAUGUCAGGCAUUCAUGGUCAAAAGGAAAUUUCAAAUACCAAUACUCUGACUAAUUACGACAAGUAUUUGGAAAUGAAAGGAAGGGAAGAAAUUCCAAUCACUACUCUUGUGACUGGAACAUUUUCUUAUUACUUGACAAAGGAUGGAUCUUUACUCAGUCAAGGUUGCAACUCUUUUGGUCAAUUAGGAAAGGGAAAGAAGGACCUUUCAGAUUCAUUUGUUCCAUUCCACAUCCCUGCAGAAUAUUUUCAAAAUCAACAAGUCGUGGAUGUGGCUCUAGGUCAAGAUCAUGUACUGGUUUUAACCAGUAAUGGACAAGUAUUCUCAGUAGGAAUUAAUGAAAAAGGACAAUGUGGAGUUGACGCCUUGUUGGAUAGAAUCCUAGAUUUUACACUUGUAAAAUUCCCAUACGAAUCUGAACAAGAAUUUAUUGUAAAGGUUGCCUGUGGAGAUGAACAUUCAUUAUGUUUAUCAAAUUUAGGAAAUGUCUAUGGAUGUGGAUAUAAUCUCUAUAAUCAAAUUGAUCCAGAUACUAAUGCAACACUUUUUGAAAAAUUUAAAAAGAUUGCCAUCCAAUUGGCAUAUCAACAGGAUAAGAUUGUCGAUAUUUCAUGUGGACCUCAAUAUAGUGCUUUUUUAAGCAAAUUUGGACAAGUUUACAUGUGUGGACAAAAUACUUUCUCACAAUGUUGCCUCCCUUCCAAGCAAACUAAAGUGACCUCACCCACUCAUAUUAAUAUCAGAAAUGAAUUUAUCAAAAAGGUUAUUUGCACCAAGGGAAGCACAACAUUCUUUAUCACCAGAGAGAAUGAAAUCUAUGCAGCUGGAUCAAAUGAUUAUGACAUGAUUUCACCUCUCACCUGCAAUGCACAUUUCAAUAUUUCCAAACCUGUCAAUAUAACUGAUUUGAUUCUUCCAGAGAGCAAUAGAAAGUGGUGGCAAAUUGAGGAUAUUCAGAGCUCACCAAUGUUUUUCAUGGUUCAUUUGAUUCGUAUAGAUCACCAUGCCAAAAGAGGAAUGUUAAAUUGUGCCUUACAGAAUAAGUUUUGUGAUGUUAUUGUGCAGUAAAAUUGUUAUUUGUUGAAACAAAAGUGAGUUGGAUACAUGAACGUUUUUCAAUACUCCAUAUGACUCCUCUAAUUCAAAGGUUUUUCUUCUUAGAAUCUCUUUAAAGAGAUUAGUUGUUCCAAUUCAUAUGUAUGAUUACUCAAUUGACUAUUAGGAGCGCUACAACUAUUGGAUUG